GUGCAGCGCCGCUCCCUGCCCAUCUCCGGAGCCCGCGGCCCGCUGCUGGCCCGGCUCCGCCGCCUCGACACCGCCGUGCUCAUCGGAGAAACGGGCUCAGGGAAGACCACUCAGCUCCCUCAGUACCUGUAUGAAGUGGGGAUUGGCCACCCUGGCAUCAUCGCUGUGACCCAGCCCCGCAGGGUGGCAGCUGUCACCCUGGCUGCCAGAGUCGCUGAGGAGAAGAGGACGGAGCUGGGGAGGCUGGUUGGUUACACCGUGCGCUUCGAUGAUUGUUCGUGCGCUGAGACCAGGAUCCGGUUCCUGACGGACGGAAUGCUGCUCCGAGAGGCCAUCGGGGACCCUCUGCUGCACAAGUACAGCGUGGUCAUCCUGGAUGAGGCCCAUGAGAGGACCAUCCACACUGAUGUGCUCUUUGGAGUGGUCAAAGCUGCACAAAAGAAGCGAAAGGAACGAGGCCUGCGGCCACUGAAAGUGAUUGUCAUGUCAGCCACGAUGGAUGUGGACCAGUUCUCCCAGUAUUUCAGUGGAGCUCCUGUCAUCUAUCUGGAAGGCCGGCAGCAUCCCAUUGAGAUCUUUUACACCAAGGAGCAGCAGAGUGACUACCUGCAGGCAGCACUGGUGUCCAUCUUCCAGAUCCACCAGGAAGCCCCUGCAUGCCAGGACAUCCUGGUGUUCCUGACUGGUCAGGAAGAAAUUGAAGCAAUGACCAAAACCUGUCGAGAUGUUGCCCAGCAUCUCCCCGAGGGCUGCCCACGGAUGACAGUGCUGCCCCUUUAUGCUUCUCUGCCCCAUUGCCAACAACUCCGUGCCUUUAAACCUACCCCUGAGGGCUGCCGCAAAGUGAUCCUCUCCACCAACAUCGCAGAAACCUCCAUCACCAUUGCGGGGAUAAAAUUCGUUGUGGACACAGGCAUGGUCAAAGCCAAGAAGUACAGCCCUGAAACUGGGCUGGAAGUGCUGGCAGUGCAGCAGGUGUCCAAGGCCCAGGCUUGGCAGCGCACAGGGAGAGCAGGGAGACAGGAGAGCGGCAUCUGCUACCGGCUCUACACAGAGGAGGACUUUGAGAAGUUUGAUGAAAUGACAACACCUGAGAUACAGAGGUGUAACCUGGCCAGUGUGGUGCUUCAGCUCCUAGCCCUGAGAAUUCCCAAUGUGCUCACCUUUGACUUCAUGUCCAAACCAUCUCCUGAUGCUAUUCAAGCAGCAAUUGAUCAGCUGGACCUGCUGGGGGCUGUGACCCAAAAGGAAGGUCAGCUUGUCCUGACCCCCGUGGGAAGGAAAAUGGCAGCCUUUCCACUGGAUCCAAAAUUCUCCAAGGCCAUCCUCCUGUCCCCCAAGUUCCACUGUGCAGAGGAGAUCUUGACCAUCGUGUCACUGUUAUCAGUGGACAGUGUCCUCCACAACCCCCCUGCCCAGCGGGAUGAGGUGCAGGCGGUCAGGAGGAAAUUCAUCUCCAGUGAGGGCGAUCAUCUGACCCUGCUCAACGUGUACAGGGCCUACAAGAAUGUCAGCGGGCACAAGGGAUGGUGCAGAGAGAACUUUAUUAAUGGCAGGAACAUGAAGCUGAUGGCAGAAGUCAGAGCUCAGCUCAGAGACAUUUGUGUAAAGCUGUCGAUGCCGCUCGAGUCCUCCCGUGGGGACACCGCGAGCGUCCGGCGCUGCCUGGCCCACAGCCUGUUCAUGAACGCGGCCGAGCUGCGGCCCGACGGCUCCUACGGCACCGUGGACUCGCAGCAGGUGGUGGCCAUCCACCCCUCCUCGGUGCUGUUCCAGUGCAGGCCGGCCUGUGUGGUGUACAACGGGCUGCUGCGCACCAACAAGUGCUACAUGCGCGACCUGUGCGUGGUGGACGCGGAGUGGCUGCACGAGGCCGCGCCCGACUACUUCCGCAGGAAGCUCCGGAUGGCCAAGAACUGACCCCUGGAUGUGGGACCAGCUGGCUCAGCUUUGCCUUGAAAGAUUUAUUUUUUUAAAAGUUUUAAUGUAUAAAUCUGUUUUUUAUAGGCAGGAUCAUUUAAGUGUGCUUAAGGAAGGGGAUGGGUAUUUAUUUAGAUUGGAUUUAUAUGUUUUUUUCCAGAAUAAAGAAGUG